AGUGAUUGAGCUGGUGUACAGUAUAUAGCUUACUCGAAUGCCAUUGCAGAAGAAACCCGUGAAGGUGUUACCCUGACAGGUGUGUGUAGGAGUAUCAAGACCCGUAAAGCUGUGGCGAGACGUGAAUAGACAUACCCAAGACGUACACAUAUUUCACCUGGUGUGUGAAGACGUGUCUUAAAAAUGGAGUUUCGUGUGCCGACGGACGCCACACUGCGGCGUCAUGGUGUGGGUAUAAAUUUGUCAGGGAGGUUGCCGCUUCUCCUGGAGGGCACCUCACUGGGCACCUUUACCCUCGCCAUCCCCAUGAUCAUAUUUAUCGACGAGAUCUUCAAUUUAGACAUGUUUUUUGGCAGAAAUAAGAAAAAUGGACUUUAUUCUUCAGACGAAGACUUUGAUGAAGAGUUCUGGCAAGAGGAAAAUGAAGAGGCGUGGGUGGAAGAUGGGGCGGCGUGGGAAGAGGAGCAGGCGUGGGUGCUGGGAUGGGUGGAGGAGCUGCUGGAGAGCAAAGUAGGUGUGGAGGGUCGAUCCUGUGUACAGAGGUUCAUCUGUGAGCUGCAGCACCAAGCCAUCCACCAACACACCCUUCUAGGGGAAGUUCUUACCCUGAUCUUCUCACCCAGGAAAGGCAGCAGCGGUGGACCCUUUCAACAGUACAGACUGGCACAGGAGGUGGGUCGCAACUUGUCACACAUGGAUGGUUGUGCUGAUAAGUUCUACUUGUGCCCGCUCUCAGUGUUCAGCCUGUUAGGAGCAGGUCAGACGCCCAGGGGAUCAUAAGGGGCUUCUGGCAGCUUCGAGUACACCCUCACUUGGACGACCUGAUGAUUCCAGUUGAGGUUGAAUCUCUGGUCAAUUGAAGCCGGCAUCCCCAUGUCGACGGCCCACAAAGUUACUGAGUUCUUACAUUCUCAGUUGGGCGGAAAUUUAACUUUCAUAUCUUCAGACGACGAGGGAACAUAACAGCUGGGAUCUAAGUCCAUGUGAACAUUGGAAUUUAGAUUUGUUGAAAUUCUCUAAAACGAAUAAAGACAUAUGUCACCUUUC